AUGGCCUCAGCUAGCAGUAUGCCACCAACAGAUCAGGAUUUAAAACGCUUACUCGAGUGUUCAAUCUGCCUGGAGACAUUUGACGACCCACGCACACUGCCAUGUCUGCAUUCGUUUUGUAAAAAAUGUUUGGAAAAUUUUGUGGAUGGAAAACGCGAUGAUGAAUUAAACUGCCCUGUGUGUCGUGGCAAGUUCACUUUGAAUGAAGGUAAAAAUACUACCUCACUGGAAAUAUAUUUAUACAGUAUCGAUUGUGUAUCUAAUAUACACAUGUUCUAUAACAAGAUAUUCAAACGAAUUCAAACGCAUGCAGAAGGCGGGCACGCAAUGUGUAGCUUGAGAUUCGUCUUGAUAAAAAACAAUAACUGGUAUUUUUUAAUAUUCUUAAUGGCAUAAAUGAUGUUUGGUACGAAAAUAAAAACUUAAAGUUUAUAUAUAAAUCAGUAAACUUUUUGGCCAUGAUUGUGUUUUUCUCAAGGAUUAUUCAUUUGUAUUACAUCUCUGUUGGCAUCGUGCAAUAUCAACAUUAUUAAAUUAUUUAUUGUGUUGUAGCAUGUGUACAUUCAUUGGCAGUUGAAGAGCCACUAUGUGAAUACAGUACAUUAUCAUUUUAUAGGAGUGGCAGGAAUGACAAGAAAUCAUUUUAUUUGUAACAUGGUCGAAGUACUGUCUAUACAACAAGAGAAAUGCAUUCCUUGCUCCUAUUGUGAACAAGCGUCUGUGGGUCGUUGUGUAACAUGUGAACUGUUUAUGUGUGAGAAAUGCUUUAAACCCCACAACGAAUUUGGAGGGUUUCAAGAUCAUCACGUUUUGACAAUGAAAGAACUAUCAAAACCUGACAAUCAUUCGAAGAUUAAGAAAAUCUCGAAAUGCACCCAACAUCCAAAGAAGAAAGUGAAAUAUUACUGCCAGACAUGCGAUCAAUUGAUAUGCAGACAUUGUAUGGAUUUUGAUCAUGAUAAACAACACGAGUUUUCACCCAUUGAACAAGCUGCGCAAAACAAGCGCCAGAAUUUAAAGAAAAAUUGUGAAAUAUUGGAAAAUGCCGUUGCCAAUAGUGACAAGGAAACACGAGUUUUGAAUGAAGAUAUCCAAUCGUUGAGUAACAAUUUUACUAUGACGCAGCGUCUAAUAAACGAAAGAAAACAGCAGUUGUUGACAAAAAUACUUAAUACAGUUGAUACAAAAACAAACACGAUGAUAGAAGAUGCACGUCAAGUAUUCGAUGGCAAAAAGAAAAAUAUGGAAGAGGAAAUACACGAAAAAGAAGCUUUUUUUAAACGUGUGAAAGUUUCCGCAGAAAUGGCUCGUAGUUUGCUUGAGAAUGGAGAUGACGAAGAAAUAGUUCGUUCGUACCAAACUGUUCAAGAAAAUGUUGACAACGCAGCUAAAACGGGGUGUGGUCGACGUUCAUAUCACGGUGAUACUGCUUUGUCUUGGAGUUCUGAUGAAAUUGACAAAAUGCUUCUUGCAGAGGUUAAAGAUAUUGUAGAAGAUAAAGGUAUUAUUAAUUUUUCUACAAUUUUUCUUACACAAAAGCAUUGGAAUUGUUAUGGUUUUCCCUUUUGACCCCAACAUAUUUAAGUUAAUCUAUGUCUAUAUAUCUUCUUUCAAGGUGAUCCCCAACCUAAGGUUCGAUAUGAAACAAAACCUUUCGAAAGGAUAUAUGGACGAAAUGCUAAUGCAUUCGUCACUCAUGCUUACGAAGACGAUUAUCGUCAAAUUCAAAAGCUUGUGCAGCAGUAUCCAAAUAUUGAAACCAGGGGUGAUCUGUUUGGUUUGUGGAAAGACGAGAGAACCGUCAUCAUCCAACAAUUCAUUGGGCCGGGAAAGAACUGCAAUCGUACCCCAACAUCUUUCUACCAGGACACCAGGUACCUACAUAGAGUUGGCUCGCUGCUUACAACUGAAGAAGGUUUAUGCAACGUCGGAGAAUGGCACUCACAUCAUCAAAUGGGAAAGCCCGAGCCAAGCGAUGGUGAUCAGAGAACGGUGUUUGAUAACAUGCCUGAGCUUGGUUUGGAGCGAUUCGUGCUUUUUAUUGCGAGUAUUGAAGGCAAAGGUUCCAGUGGGAAGAGGCGAUCACAUGAUGCGAAGCUAGAUGAUAUCAAGCUACGUCCCUUUUUGUUUUUAGGGUCCACGCAGACAAUCGUUAAAGGUAUUAAAACGGGUGAAGUUCGAUGAAACUAUCUUGAAAGAUGUCAGAAGGAUUAGGGUUGGGAUGAGAUUAGGCUUAGGAUUGGAUUUUCUAAUGGGUAUACCUAUAUACCGUUUGUCAGAUGUCUUGAUUAAAUAUUUUUAUUGAUUGUUUGCAGGGGAGAUUGAGAUAAUACCUGGCUCAAACCCACAUCGUCUUAACAGCAGAGCGGAAAACGAGAUCGAAAACGGAAAAGAACCACCAAUAUAUGGAAGGCAGCGGCCCACGAAAGCAAGGUAAGAAUAAAAAAGAAGCCCCAAUCCGUACUGAAAAACCAAAGAAUGUUCCAACCCUUAAACAACAAGCAAAACCAAGAGUGGAGAGGCAUGGUGAAUCUGGGGCAGAAUCGCCAGCACUGAGCAGCAGUGAUGAUAAAAGCGUUGGUGGAAAACCUCAAGAUGAUCAACCGCGUCGACGUCGAGAGCAAGAUCAGAAAACCGCAAGGAGAAAGGAGAUCAGGGAAGAAACCGCAAGGAGAAAGGAGAUCAAACAAAGAGGAGGUAUGGCUUUAAUAAUGCGGAGAAUACGUCACCAAACGCAAGUUCAGCAGCACCAAACUAUACACAACAUGCAGUCAUCAUAUAGAUAUCUUAUAUACACUAGAUAGCGCAUCUCUUUUAGUAAAAUUGAAGCCAAGAAUAUUCCAGCGGUUACCCCCAUUUGAAUAGAUGGCGGCCAUGUUGGUGUUCCCCAAAAGCUUAAAAAACAACAAUAACUUUCAUCAUUUGAAUAGUUUAAAAACGUAUUUGGAAUAGGUUUACCUUAAUAUUUAAGUUCCGUGUUUAAGAAAUAGAAAAUAUACAAGUCUUCUCAUUUCAUGGGAAUAUCCUGAGCCUGCAAUCACGGCUUCAGUUUUUGAAUUGUAGAACAAUUAGAUGCACUAUCUAGUGUAUAUAAUAUAUAUAUAUGGCAGUGAGCAUGGCGUCUCUUUCCUGAUCCGCAAGAUGAAACUAAGAAGAAUAUUUUCUUUCAAUGAUUUCUAUUCAACGUUCCUGUCGCUGCUCGUUAACUGGAACAUUCAAUAUUUUUCAUGAUAAUUAUAUUAGCUAUAUACUAUAAAGUACAGGAGUGCAAAUUGCACACCAGCAUGAUUUUCAAACAAUCAUGUUGUGAUUAUAAGUUUAAAAUAAAAUAAUGUUCAAAUACUAAUAGUAAAAUAGACGUAGCGAUGUACACAACAUUAUGCAUUAUGUAUAUAUCAUAUUACAUGCAUGAGCACUAGCUAAGUAUUGUGCUAAGUAAAAUAUGAUGUUAAUUAUGGCACGUACAAUUCGUGCUGAAGUCUAAAAGCUGCUACGAGGUGUGCUACAGCCUAAUUUUAUCAUACUAUAUCGCGUGCAGAUCUUAAUUUGCGGAAGUUAAUUUACGUAAAUUUUCAGCUAAAAAUCCCACAAUCCACUUCGAUAUGUAGCCUACUUCCGUCUCACUAGUUUGGUUGCAUCAAAAAUUUUAAUACCGACCACAUUCGAUGCCAAUUUACGCGAUUCUUUAUUUCCUUUCGCAAUACAAGCAAUCCACUUUCAUUCAAGAUGACCUCAGCUAGCAGCAUGCUACCAGUAGACCAAAGACAAGAUCUCAAAAGCUUACUCGAGUGUUCAAUCUGUCUGGAGACAUUUGACGACCCACGUACACUGCUUUGUUUACAUUCGUUUUGUAAAAAAUGUUUGGAAAAUUUUGUGGAUGGAAAACGCGAGGAUGAACUAAACUGUCCUGUGUGUCGUUGCAACUUCACGUUGAAUGAAGAAGGUAAAAAUACUACUUUACUUGAAACAUUAACAGCUUGUAUGAGCGGCCGUGUUGCAUAAUAUAGCCUAUUCAAAGCCGAGUCGAAGGCGAGCGGAUACUGUAUAUAGAUCGUGAUUCGUUGUGAUGAGUUUCAUCGUAUUCUUCAAUAAUCCUUAAGUACUAUUUACAGCAUGAGUGGUCGUGUUGUAUCGAAUAUACAAAUUCGAGCCGAAGGCGACAGUUUGUACAUCCGAUAUACAACAUGGACGAGAACUUAAAGUUUAUGUAUAUUAGCAAGAUUUUGUAUCAGAUAUACAAGCUUCUUCACGGUCAUGAUUCCCUUUGUGUUUUCUUUAUGAAACAUUGUCAGAAUUGUAUAUAUAGGUGUAUUGCAAGUUGAUUUACAGCUAAAGAGUUACUUUAUACUGUCUCUAUAGCACUGUUUAAUAAAUCGUCUAUUUAUUAUCAUUUAUAGAAGGAGUGGCAGGGAUGACCAGAAAUCAUUUUAUUUGCAAUAUGGUGGAAGUCCUGUCUAUACAAGAUCAAGACAAAUGUAUACCUUGUUCACAUUGUGAUCAAUCAUCUGUUGGUCGAUGCGUUACAUGCGAACUGUUUAUGUGUGACAAAUGUCUACAGUCUCAUAAUGGAUAUAUUGGAUUUCGAGAUCACGUUGUCUUGACAAUGGAAGAACUAUCACAGCCUGAGAAUCGAUCAAAAAUUAAAGGAAAAUCAUAUUGCAAGAAACAUCCAAGUAAAAAGUUAAAGUUAUAUUGUGAAACAUGCGAGGAAUUGAUCUGUACGUAUUGUAUAGUUUUCGAACACGUGCGACUUGAUCAUGUGUGCUGUACGCUUGAAGAAAUCGCAGAAAGGAAACGGGGGGAAUUAAAGACGAUAUGCCAGACUCUUGAGAAUAACGAAAGUCACAGCACUCGACAAUACGAUGAGUUGGCGGCAACUUCGUUCUUCUUGGAUAAAAAUUUGAAAGAAGUAAAGAGUCAUAUACAUAAGAGAAAAAACAAUGUUUUGAAAUGUACAAAGAACGUCUUGGAAAAGAAAGCGCAAUCCCUUAUCAAAGAAACCGAAAACAUUGCCAGAGUAAAAAACCGAACAAUUGAUGAGGAAUUAAAGAGAAUUUCCGACCACAAAGCAGUACAACGGAAGGCGUAUGAUAUAGCAAAGGCGCUCAUUGAAAAUGGAAGCAACGAAGAAAUCAUGUUAUCACACAAAUCAGUUCAGCAAAGUGUAGAAAAAAGUGAGAAAGGAUAUGAAAUUAAAGAGAUAGAUGAUAAGGUAAUAGGUAAGGUAACUGGAUAA